AUGCUCGACGAAAACUUACCAACUUUCUUCUUCAGACCCUCUAAUAAUCCGCUAUGUAGAAUCUUAUACUUCUCCCAAAAUGGCUCCGAGCCGGCACCUGAAUACUCACUCCAGAAAAUAAACCCGGACCUUCCCCAGUCUAGGAAUAAGUACGCUGUAGCCUUAGGAGACGCAAGCUUUCAGGAUGUAAUCUUAGCUGAGGUCCUAAUCGAGCCUGAAUUUCAGCAGCCUACUCUGUCUGCUGCCGAAAUCAGACAACAGAAUGGUGUUCCACCUCCACCUGUACCUUUGAUCCCUGACGGAUUCGCCAUACAACUCUACAACCCAGAGCAGCAGGUUAUGGUGAAGGGUGAGAAGAGCACCUGGACCGGGAAGGAGUCGUGGGAGUUUGAAAUGCCUCAGCAGAGCUUUCGCAUGCCUUCGGUAUCCAAGGUUGAUCGCCAGCAGAAUGACCUUGUCGCAAGUAGUCUCACACCUAAAAUUAUGUUCAAGUGGAAGAGAGAUAGCAAGUUCUCUAAGGACAUGACAUGUUACAUGACAGGCACAUCAGUCGGUGGUAAGAAGAGCAAGGAUCCAGAUAUCACAAUAGCGUUAUACAAGAACGGGAGGGAACCCAGUGUCACCAUUUACGAGCCGAAUCUUCAGAGGGUAGAUAUAGAGGAUCGCAAAGGCCUCGAAGUCGUAUUGCUGCUCGGUGCUGAGGUCAUUCGCGAGAUAUACUUAUUCCCCAACCGGGACUCCUUCAAUAUUGCAGGCUCAGCAAAUAGGCGCAAGAACUCGCGGCCCAGUCCAACCUCAUCCACAUCACCACGUCUCAUGACCGGCGCAUUCGGCAACCUUCCUCCAGCAAAGACUACCUCCCCUGUCACCCAACAGCCCACACCUCCCGCAGAAUCCAGCAUCGACGUUGAGACCAAGCGUCUACAGGCCUUGGUUCAGCAAGAAGAGCGUGAGCGCGAGAAGCGGGACCGCGCGGAGCAGAAGCGCAUCAAGAAGAUGCUCGAGGAAGAGGAAAAGGCCCGUCAGCGCCGCGACGCAGAGGUCGCCAAGGAGACAGAGAGGCUGCGGAAGGAGUUUGGCAUAGAAGGCCAGGACUUCGGCCCGAAACCAAAUCUGCCUCCCCGACAAUCCGUCGCUGGGCCUAGCCGCACGCAGCUACAACCACCGGUUCCACCACCGCGGCCCGUGAGCGCGGGACCCAAACCGCAUUCGCAUGGAGGAGGGUUUGGCAGCUGGUUCCAUGCUGUAGGGCCUACACCUGGUGCUCCUAUGCCGCAGGCUUCGGGAUAUGGGUACGGGUACGGGCAGCAGUUGCAGCCGAAUUCGGGGCGGAGAAGGGGCGGGAGCGCAGAUAGCGGGACUGGGAGCGGGACUGGGAAAAUGUUGAAGAAGAAGAGUACGUUGUUCUGA